AUGAACGAAUAUAUGGAUGAAGUAAAUAAUGAUGACAACUACAUAGAAAUAAGUAAUACAGAAGAUAUCCUAUUUCAGUAUUUUGCCAAAAUGUUAUAUUUGUUGAUAUUUGGUUGUAUAGGAUGCCUAUUAAUAAUUAUAGUUUAUUAUUUUAAAGUACCUUGUAAAGAAUGUGAUUUUAUGAACAGAAUACUAGUUAUAUGUAUAUUAAUUAAAAGUAUUGGUCAUUUAAAUCUGAGUUUAGUUAGAAUAAAAAGGAGAGGAGAAAUCGAAAAUUCUGAAGAAUUUAAAUAUAUUGUAAAAAAGUUAUUAAGAUUGUUUAAUAUGUUAACAAUUUUAUUAGUAACAUCAUCUUUAUAUUUAUUACAUUUUUAUAAAAAUGUCUGUUCUAAAAAUACAAUGUCAAUGCAAAUUAUAAGAAUAUAUUAUUAUUUUACUAUAGCACUUUAUUUUUUACCAUUAUUAUUUUAUAUAUGCCUAGGAUUAUUUUUAUCAAUUAUUAUAUGUAUUAUGAUAUAUUUCUCAGUUGAUGAACAUGAUAGAAUUCCAACUCCGAAAAAUGUCAUUAACAAAUUAAAAGUUGUGAAAUAUAAAGAUAUUGAUUAUAUUCAUAAAAAAAAUAUAAAUGAAAAAAAAAAAAAAAAAAAAUUUAUUAAAAAUCCAUCAUUUGAAUUGAUAUUUGACAAAGUAACAAAUGCUAUUAGAAGUAAGGGAAAUACAACCAAAGGAAAACAAAAUACUAAAUCAAGUUUCACAAAUAAUAUUGAUAAUAAUUAUGAUCAAAUAGAGAAUAGUAAUUCUUGUUUUUCGGAUAUUUAUUUUCAAGAAAUAUGUAAACCUCUCAAAAAAAAUACACAAAAUGAUAACAAUUUAGAUGACAUAUACAGGCAAGAUGAUCAAAUUAAAUUUCCAAAUGAAGAAAUAUUACCAAAUAAUAAUGAAAGUAUAAAUAAGUUUGAUAAACAAAAAAACGAAAAUGAAGAUAUGUGCUCUAUAUGUAUGAUGGAUUAUAUGGGAAAUGACAAUGUUAUGAUCAUGCCAUGUGAUAAGCGUCAUUUUUUUCAUUCUAAUUGUUUAUCAAAAUGGCUAAAUAAAAGUCAAGUAUGUCCUAUUUGUAGAACAAAUAUUGUUACUUGCAUUAAUUCAAAAACCGAUAUAGUUUAA